AUGUCAGCCAAAUCUAAGAUAAUCCAAGCAUUGGGCAAAUUCGCGUCCUGUGACGUUGGCGAUGCUCUUGUGAAGCUCGGCGUCAAGGACGGCGGGUACCUUUCCGGUCUACAUAUGUAUAGCCCUCCUUCGAGAAGUGGGAAUUCGAAGAUUUUUGGCCCGGCAUAUACAGUUCGCAUGGUUCCAGCCGCGGAUCGAUCCUCUCCUACGCCUCCAUGCCAUUUCGCAGACUCAAUCCCCUCUGGUAGUGUUGUCUUCGUAUCACAACCUAGAGGCCUGAUCAGCGCAUGCUGGGGAGGAUUGAUGAGUACCCGAGCUCAAAAGCGGGGAGCGGCUGGUGUAGUUAUUGAUGGUCGCUUCAGAGACAUCGAGGAGCAUCGCGCGUUGAAUAUGGGUCUUUUUGCUCGGGGGAUUAGCAUUUUGGGAUCAAACACGUUCACCAGAUCUUCCGAGUUAGAAGUCCCCGUGACAUACGAAAACGAGGAUAUCAAUGAAAAAGUCACAAUUCAGCCAGGUGACUAUAUUCUUGGUGACGCGGAUGGCGUGGUCACAAUCCCUUCUCAACUUGUCGAGAAAUGUCUGCAGCUAUGCCAGGAGCGCUAUGCUAUUGAUGAGGAAACUCGGAGAUGUCUUGAAAAUGGUGAGGAGAUGGGGCCAACCAUUCACCGACUCAGGAAAUAA